GCCCACAAAAUGGAGGGCGCCGCGGACUGCGCCUCCCGGCGCGCCCUGCGGCGCAGCGCGGCCAUCUUGGCGCCGAGACUUCAUUUCCCAGGCGGCGCGGCGGCGGGGGAGGCGAUGUCCGCCAUCUUACCGCUCCCUCCUCCCCCGGUGCGGCUGGAUUGAAUGAGCCCGCUGCCCGCCUGCCCGCGAAUCGAGCGCCAUGUCAGGCACCCCGAGCCGCGGCACCCCCGGCGGGACCCUGCUGUCACCGACUCGCAUCUCCCGCCUGCAGGAGAAGGAGGAGCUGCAGCAGCUCAAUGACCGCCUGGCCGUCUACAUCGACCGUGUGCGGGCGCUGGAGCUGGAGAAUGACCGCUUGCUGGUGAAGAUCUCCGAGAAGGAGGAGGUCACUACUCGGGAGGUGAGUGGAAUCAAGAGCCUCUAUGAGUCUGAACUGGCUGAUGCUCGAAGAGUUCUGGAUGAAACCGCCAAAGAGAGAGCUAGAUUACAGAUUGAAAUAGGAAAACUGAGAGCAGAACUUGAGGAGUUCAAUAAAAGCUACAAAAAGAAAGAUGCAGAUUUGUCUGUGGCUCAAGGUCGCAUUAAGGAUCUUGAAGUGCUGUUCCACAGAAGCGAAGCAGAACUCAAUACUGUCCUGAAUGAGAAACGCACUCUGGAAGCAGAGGUGGCUGAUUUGCGUGCCCAACUUGCUAAGGCUGAAGAUGGUCAUGCUGUGGCUAAGAAGCAAUUGGAGAAGGAGACACUCAUGCGUGUGGACCUGGAAAAUCGGUGCCAGAGCUUGCAAGAGGAUCUGGAUUUCAGGAAGAAUGUGUUUGAGGAGGAGAUAAGAGAGACAAGAAAACGUCAUGAACAUCGUUUGGUCGAGGUGGACACUAGUCGCCAACAGGAGUAUGAAUCCAAAAUGGCUCAGGCCCUAGAGGAUCUGCGAAAUCAGCAUGAUGAGCAAGUCAAACUGUACAAACUAGAGCUGGAGCAGACCUAUCAGGCUAAGCUGGAGAAUGCCAAACUGGCUUCUGACCAAAAUGACAAAGCUGCUGGUGCAGCUCGGGAGGAGUUGAAGGAGGCUCGCAUGAGGAUAGAAUCUCUCAGCUACCAGCUUUCUGGCCUUCAGAAACAGGCUAGUGCAGCAGAAGAUCGUAUUCAUGAAUUGGAGGAAAUGAUGGCUGGUGAACGGGAUAAGUUUAGGAAGAUGCUAGAUGCCAAGGAGAAGGAGAUGACAGAAAUGAGGGACCAGAUGCAGCAGCAGCUUACAGAAUACCAGGAACUGCUUGAUGUGAAAUUAGCACUAGACAUGGAGAUCAGUGCUUACCGAAAACUCCUGGAAGGAGAAGAGGAAAGGUUGAAGCUCUCUCCAAGUCCCUCCUCCCGUGUUACAGUCUCUCGGGCUACCUCCAGCAGCAGCAGUAGCAGCACUUCACUUGUUCGCUCUUCCCGAGGCAAGAGAAAACGUAUUGAAGCAGAGGAGCUUUCAGGCAGUGGAACAAGUGGAAUUGGCACUGGAAGUAUUAGUGGCAGCAGUAGCAGUAGCUUCCAAAUGUCCCAGCAAGCUUCAGCUACUGGAAGUAUCAGCAUAGAAGAGAUAGACCUGGAAGGCAAAUAUGUUCAACUGAAGAACAACUCGGAGAAGGAUCAGUCUUUGGGUAACUGGAGACUGAAAAGACAAAUCGGAGACGGAGAGGAAAUCGCUUAUAAAUUUACUCCGAAGUAUGUCCUCAGGGCUGGGCAGACUGUAACAAUUUGGGGUGCAGAUGCAGGUGUAUCUCAUAGCCCUCCUUCUGUUCUCGUGUGGAAGAAUCAAGGCAGCUGGGGCACCGGAGGAAAUAUCCGCACAUACCUCGUAAACUCUGAUGGAGAGGAAGUUGCAGUGAGAACUGUUACUAAAUCGGUAGUCGUGCGAGAGAACGAAGAGGAAGAGGAUGAAGCAGAGUUUGGAGAGGAGGACAUUUUCAACCAACAGGGGGAUCCCAGAACAACCUCUAGAGGAUGCUCAGUGAUGUGAAGAAAGAAAAAAAAAAAAAAAAAGAAAUUAUUAUUUGCUAUUUUUUCCAUUUAUUUCCUUUUAUUUUUGCUAUUUUUUUCCUUCCAGAGCCACUGAAAACUAUUUUUAUACGUAUCAUCUGAUUUCUUUGAAGUUUACUCCUUGGUACAUUUUUAUAAAAAAAAUCAAAAAAAAAAAACCUUUACUGAACAAAACUGCCAGAAUUUUUAAUAGAUUUCCUUAUUUCUCCCUCUUGUUGAAUCACUGCACUGAAAUACUUUUUCCCCAUACAGAGUUUAAAGUCUUAUGUACAAACCUGCAGCAGAAGAGAUUUUUUUUAGCUAAAAUGGGACGAGACUUCUUGAGUGUAUGGUAAAUCUAUAGUUGGUGCAUAUAUACCCAGGAUAACUUAUAUAUU